ACCAAAUUAAAAUUGUCGGAGAAUUAACUCGUGUAGUCAAGCUGAGUCAAUUUUAAUUUGCGGAGGCAAUGUGUUGUUAGUCUUCUUCCAGAUCCAAAGCCAGAUCCAUCGGAAAACAAGGUCGUCUGCCUCGUCUCGAGCAGAUCUCCACCAGUUUCUACUGCCGUAUAUACUUGCAAAACGGGCUAGUCUAAGCACCCCAAACCAAACCUACACUUGUUCUACUUGGAUCUUGCUCUCCUCUCUUCUCUCUUCUCCAAUGGCGGAACUAAUAAUAGCAGGAUGGUUCGUGUCCUCCGUCGUUGCCAAAGUGACGGACAUAAUCAAAUUCUACAUCAAGAACCAGAUCGAGUACCGGAAGGACAAGAAGUGGAAGCUACAUGAGCUGGAGAAACACCUCCGAAAGAUUCAGGCGGCCAUCUUCGAAGUUGGCAAGAGACGGAUCACGAACCCGAGCUUGGAAGCUUGGCUGUGGGACGUCAAGGAUGCUGUUUACUCUGUGGAGGACAUCAUCGAUGACUUCCACUACAAGUUGGAGGAGAAGGCCAGAAGCAAGGGCGAGGGCAAGGUCAGUAGAGUUUCAUUACUCGCUCAGAAAGUAGGAGCUGAAACUAAAGAAUUCUUGAAGGCAUUUGCUUUUGCUUCUGAAACAACUUCAAAGUUAAACACCGCUGUCCAGACAUCCGCUAAACUAGUUGAAGAAAUCAGUAUACUCGUUUCGGUAGCACAAUUCAGUGUAGUCACUAACAAGCAACAUGGAGUAGCCAUCCCCGAUUGGCGAAGAACAACUUCCCCAACCAAGUCGACCUGCUCGGCCAGGGGACGGCAACGCGACAUAGACAGGCUACUGAACAUGAUAGGUGAUGCAUCAGGGGACGACAAGUACUCUGUUGUCGCUAUUGUAGGACACGGUGGGGUGGGGAAGACACACCUCGCUAGGCUCGUCUAUAACAUUGUCAAAAAAGAGAAAAGAUUUCAUAUCAUGAUGUGGGUGUGUGCAUGCAACAAUUUUGAUGUCAGAAGGCUUUCCAUAGAGAUGGUGGAAUCUGCUGCAAUUAAAAGGCCUAGCGAUUUGCAUACGAUUAGUAAUUUGGAAGAGAUUCAGAACAUUCUUGGGGAGGGGCUGAUGGGCAAAAGGUUUUUGAUUGUUUUGGACGAUGUGUGGGAGGAAUCCAAUACUAACUGGGAGAACCUUUGCGUCCCACUUAAUUCUGGAGAAAAGGGAAGAAAGAUUGUGGUGACGACCACCAACCAAAACGUCGCAAAGAUGAUGCGGACCAAAGAAAUCAUACAUCUCGAUGGCGUAGAGGGAGAGGCGUGCUGGGAAUUAGUCAGAGAACGCGCACUGGGUGAUCGAAACCAUAUUGCCAUACCUCACAAGUUGGAGUCCAUAGGCAAGAAAAUAGCUAAGAAGUUGGGGGGCUCGCCAUUAGCAGCGGUGACCGUAGGGCGUGCUUUAGAGUCCAAGUUAGAGGAAGAACACUGGCGGCGAAUCUUGCGUAAAAGAAUUUGUGAGGUCAAACAAACCGAAGGUGACAUUGUGGCGGUGCUGAGAUUGAGUUAUGAAGACCUACCUGCCCAUCUAAAGCAGUGCUAUCUUUCUUGCUCGUUGUUCCCAAGGAACCACUGCUUUGAGAAAGAUGAGCUGAUAAGAUUUUGGAUGGCCCUAGGCUUCGUUCGGGGGGAUGACGAGACCACCAUAAUGGAGGACAUAGGCGAGGAGUUGAUCGAAGAGCUGUCGAGCAGAUCCUUUUUCGUGAAUGCAAAGAGAAGGCACAACAAGUUUGAGCUCCACCCUAUCCUGCAUGAGUUUGCAGAAUGUGUUUGUGAUGGUGAGUACUUUAGAUUCGAGGGUAUCAAAUCCAGCAAGCCAAUUAGAAUCCCGAACAAGGCCCACCAUGUUUAUGUUGCUGCCGAUGAUCUCAUCGCGGUUACCGAAACUUUGUGCGAGAAGAAAGAGAUACGCAGUCUUGUGGUCGCUGGGAGGCUAUCGGCCACUCGUAAGGAUAUCAAGUCAAAAUAUAAUCUAUCCCUUGAAAUGGUUUUGAAGAGUUUGGAAAGCUUACGUUUGUUAGUGGUUUCUGAACUUGUAAGUGGUUUGCCUGAGGCUAUCGGUGAAUUGAAACACCUUCGGUACCCUGGAGGUGCCUGGAAACGCCAUCACGGAGUGGCCCAACUCAUUCUGCAAGCUCUACCAUCUGCAGUGGUUGAUUCUGAGGAUGCAUUCCAAGAGUGUUUCGCUGCCAGAUGACAUGAACAAGCUAAGCAACCUACGAUGUGUAGAUGCAGAUACCGAAGCAAUUGCAGCCCUUCCGUGGAUUGGAAAUCUAAUUUAUCUUCAAGAAUUAAGGGACUAUCGCAUCCAACGCAAAAAGAAAGGAUUCGAUGUAGGGCAACUGAAGCUCAUGAAUCAGCUCCGCAGACUCUGCAUCAGAGGUCUCCAGCAUGUAGAGAGCAGGGAACAGGCAGCAGAGGCUGUGUUAGAGGACAAAGAGCACCUUCGCUGGCUGGAACUGUGCUGGAACAAUGAAGGGAAACCCAUAGCUCCCACUGCAUGCAAAGACUCUCUGGAAGGACUCCGACCGCACCCGGAUCUUAGAGAGCUGAAGAUUAAUGGCUACAAGGGUCACCGACAUCCGUGUUGGAUGGAGAACAAAUAUUUGCUGGGAUUAGAGAGGUUAGAGAUGUGGUCUUGCCAUCAACUGACGUCCCUCCCCCCUCUCGGCGAGCUUCCUUUUCUCAGGGUUCUGCACCUAAGACGUAUGGAUUCGGUGGAAGAGGUGGGUGCUGAGUUUUAUGGCAGCACAGAUGCACCAUUCCCAUCGUUGGAGGAGCUUUGGUUCGAUAACUUGAACCAGUGGAAGAAGUGGGACGUGGAGGCGAAGCAACGCCGUGAAGUAUUCCCUCGUCUUCGCAACCUCGCCAUCGGAAACUGCCGCAGUUUAACAGGACUGAUAACCCUCCCUUCAUCACUGGACGAGCUUGUUGUUCGAUUCUUUGCAGGUGGUGACUCGUGGGACUUGCCCGAGGACGAGGCCUCGACAUCGACGUUGAUGCUUCACGUCGAUAACCUCUCGCUUUUACAGAGAUGCCUUCAGGAAGGACACCUUACUUCGCUUCGUCGACUGGAGAUUCGCGGCAGCCUUGACCUCGAAGCGUUUGCUCGUGGGCUGGAGGAGCGGCUGGAUCACAUUUCCUCUCUCCACCACCUGCAUCUCACCGGAGUAUGCCGCCCACAACACCUUCCUCGUCAACUGGUCACCCUUCUAAGCCUCAAGAGCCUGCACAUAGUGGAUUGCCCUGAAAUAAACAUGCUCCCAGAGGGAAGCCUACCUAGCAAUCUAGUGGAUUUGCAAAUCAACGGGUGUCCAAAGCUCGAGCAGCGCUACGAGUGGACGACCGGCCCCGAAGGGUGCACAAUCCAUGCCAAAAAAAUUAACGAAGCGUUGCAGUCGAAAACACCUGAAAAGAGCGAGAAGGGGAAAAGAACACGAUAGGUGCCGCAGGCAAGGUUCCAGGAGUCGAACAUGUCCCGGACAAAAGAAGAGACAGAGGAAGAACGAGGAUGCCACGCUCACUUGAUUUCCUGCUGUGUGUUGUUUAGGACUUGGUUCUGAUCUUGCCAAUAACAAGGGCUUUCCUUUGCACAGGAAGGCUGCUGACAUUGUGCUCGUUUCUUUGUUCCUCCGGAUUUAUGGCGAGGCAUUACCUCUUCCUUC